UAUGUGUCAAGAAUAGCAUGCAAUCAUUGAAAACAGCAAUUUCUGCUGGAUUUGACCAGUUUCAAGAACAAUGAAACCAUUUUAUUUAGAUACAUUAAUUCCAGUGUUGGAUACCAGUAACAUUGAAACAGAUAUUCAUUCAUCAAUAGUACCACCCAUUUGCAAUGGGGCCAGCAGACAACUCUGAAUCUUCAUGUUCCUGCAUCUUUACCAUGAGCACCAGGUGGACUGUGGAGUUACUGUUUGAGUAUAGAAAAGAAAAUUGUGAACCAUUCAAAUCUUUGGAGAACUUUCUUGAUUCAAUGACUUUGAUUUUCCCACAUGCUUCAAUUUACCUCUGCAACAAUGAUCAAAUGGUUAUUCUGACUUUUCCAUACAGCCGAUGUUACUGUGAAAUGGCAGUGCAGUGCAGUUUUUAGUGAAUAGCAAACUAUCAAUCAUCAUUCUUCAAUCAUGGUGGCUACAAGCAUGUACCAAGCAGCGCUCUACCUUGUGCUAGUACUCAGUGCUAGUGCAUUGAAUCCAAAGUACAGGACACAGGAAUUUCUCACUUCAAGGGAACAUGGACUGGAUACAUCAAACAUCCGUCAUAUGCAACAGUGCCUGCUAACAUCAGGGAUUCCUGCUCUACGUGGUAAUCAGUCAGCAAUCGAUCAAAUGUACAUCGAUAUCAGAGACUGGUACAUGAAUAUGGCUGGGGAACGAGCUGUGGUGGGAUCUCUCUGCAAACGAGUCCACUGCGUAUACAAUCUGCACACCUGUCUUCACCCUACAUUCACAUCGUUGGACUUUCUGGAAGUGGUUGUUGUAAGGUCAGUUGAGGUCUGUGCACCGUACUGUGAAGAACAAGCAUCCAUUGUUAUUACUACUACAGUGAGUACUGCAACUGCUACAACAACUCUUGCUGCUAUCAUCACAACUACUCAAGCUAGUACUACAACUCCUGCUAGCACUACAACUCCCGCUAGUACUACUCCAACUAGUACUGCUGCUACUACAACUCCUACCACUGUGCCAGACCCAGUAACAACAUCAGCCUGCAGUGGAGCAAGUAGACAUGCGUGAGUGUGGAGACUGUCUACUAGUAAUCAGCAACCAAUGGAUCAUACAACCAUUCCUAAACUUUGGAGAUAAGGACCUGCCUGAACCGUUUGGAACGGCUCAAAACUUCUUGAAGACAUUGACAUACAUCUUCCACGACGCUGAAGUAUCAAGCUGCUGCACCGAUCUAUGCGAGGGAGCAGUCAUCUUGAAAUUCAUGUUCGGCAGAGGAUUUUGUGAAAUAAGCAAUCGACUAGGAGAUUUGUAUCACUGGAUAGUUCUUGAUAUAUUGGACUGAAAUAUUAUCUUUGUGC